AUGAGGCUCAUCAACACCUUCACCCUGGAAAUCAAAGAGCACAACGAAGAGGUUGGAGUUCCACCAUAUGCUAUUCUCUCUCAUCGAUGGGGCCAGAAUGAGGUCACUUUCCAUGGAUACAAAGAAGCACUCCGGACAAGAGACCAGAGAGCAAUGAACAUUGAAGGCUUCAAGAAAAUCGUCAAAUUUUGCGAAAUUGCCCGAGAAAAGGCUGGAGUGCAAUGGGCCUGGGUAGAUACGUGCUGCAUCGACAAAAGAACAGACAUUGUAGAGCUUGCAGACGCGAUCAAAAAUAUGUUCAAGUGGUAUGCCCGAGCAAGGACCUGCAUUGCCUAUCUGGACGACAUCACCACUUCGUCAAAUAAAAAAGUGAAAAACAGCAAGUGGUGGACCCGAGGGUGGACACUGCAGGAGCUCAUCGCCCCAAAAGCCCUGAUAUUUUACAACCGCGCGUGGGAUCCCAUCGGCUCCAAGUUGGAAUUGGCCUCGUUGAUCCGAAACGAGUUUCGCAUACCCGAGGACGUUUUGACCGACCAGAAUGCGUUCAAGCGAUAUCCCCACUCUGUGCGUUUGUCCUGGGCAGCACAGAGAGAAACAACCAUGAUCGAGGAUCGCGCCUACAGUCUCUUGGGUUUAUGCCAGAUCAGCAUGGACAUGCGAUAUGGCGAACGUCAGGAGGCCUUCCAAAGGCUUCAGCUUGAGAUCUUGAGAACUGUCCCUGGCGAAUCAAUCCUUGCCUGGGAAGUGCCCGUCAAUCGCUCACAGGUCACAAAUUCUGGUGUUCUAGCUCGGUCCCCGGAAAAUUUC